CUAGUGGAAAUGGAGAAAGCCAGGCCAUUAUGGGACAACCCUUUCCAGUUUGUGUUUGCCUGCAUUUCUUAUGCAGUGGGAUUGGGGAAUGUAUGGCGGUUUCCCUAUUUAUGUCAGAUGUAUGGAGGAGGUGGAUUCCUUGUCCCUUAUCUUAUUAUGUUGAUUGUGGAAGGGAUGCCAUUGUUAUACUUGGAGUUGGCAGUGGGACAGCGCAUGCGUCAAGGGAGCAUCGGGGCAUGGAAAGCAAUAAGUCCUUACCUCUGUGGGGUUGGAAUUGCCAGUGUAGUUGUGUCCUUUUUCCUCUCUAUGUACUACAAUGUCAUAAAUGCUUGGGCUUUCUGGUACCUCUUCCAUUCGUUUCAGGAUCCUUUGCCAUGGGCAAAUUGUCCACUGAAUAUUAACCAUACUGAUUAUGUGGAGGAGUGUGAGAAGGCAUCAUCCACACAGUACUUUUGGUACAGGAAAACCCUGAAUAUCUCCCCAUCUAUCGAGGAAAGUGGGAGCAUCCAAUGGGAGCUAGCAGUUUGUCUGAUCCUGGCAUGGCUGGUGGUCUAUCUGUGCAUUCUCAGAGGAACAGAGUCCACAGGCAAGGUUGUGUAUGUGACGGCUUCUUUGCCCUAUGUGGUCCUCAUCAUAUACUUAAUCAGAGGCCUGACACUCCAUGGAGCUACAAAUGGACUGACAUACAUGUUUACGCCAAAGCUAGAGCAACUAGCAAACCCCAAGACGUGGAUUAACGCAGCGACUCAGAUCUUCUUCUCUCUCGGGCUUGGCUUUGGAAGCCUAAUCGCUUUUGCCAGCUACAACCAGCCAAACAACAACUGCGAGCGGCACGCCAUCAUUGUCUCGUUAAUCAACAGCAGCACCUCAGUCUUUGCCAGCAUUGUGACGUUCUCUAUUUAUGGUUUCAAGGCAACCCACAAUUACGAGAACUGCAUAAGCAAGGUGAUCUUGCUUCUUACAAAUGCCUUUGAAUUGGAAGAAGGAUCAAUAACGGCAGCGAACCUUGAAUAUAUGAAAAAUUAUCUAGCAUCUGCUCAUCCCAGUGAAUAUACAGAACUGUCUCCACAGAUAAGGAACUGCAGCUUGGAAGCUGAAUUAAACACAGCAGUCCAAGGGACUGGAUUAGCAUUCAUAGUCUAUUCUGAAGCAAUAAAGAACAUGGAGGUCUCCCAGCUGUAUUCAGUGCUCUAUUUCGUUAUGCUGCUGAUGCUGGGGAUAGGCAGCAUGCUAGGGAACACUGCAGCCAUCCUCACGCCUUUGACGGACAGCGAAUUCCUUUCCACUCACGUGCCCAAGGAGAUGAUCUCUGGGGCCGUGUGUUUUGUCAACUGCAUCAUUGGCCUCGUGUUCACCCUAGAGGCCGGCAGCUAUUGGUUCGACAUCUUCAAUGAUUAUGCAGCUACCCUGUCCUUGCUGCUCAUUGUAUUAGUGGAAACGAUUGCUGUUUGUUAUGUUUAUGGGCUAGGAAGAUUUGCGGAAGACCUGACCGUGAUGACAGGCCAUAAACCAAGCUGGUACUGGAAAAUUAUGUGGGCUUUUGUUAGUCCUGUGCUAAUUGUAAGCCUAUUUAUAUUUUACAUCACUGACUACAUCAGCACAGGGACCCUGAAAUACCAAGCGUGGGAUGCAACAGAGGGUCAACUGGUUACAAAGAAUUAUCCUAGUGGUGCUCUAGGAGUUAUUGGACUGCUUGUGGCAGCAUCCACUAUGUGUAUCCCCCUGGCUGCAUUAGUAACUUUGAUCAUAAGCAGAAAAAGAAGGAAUGCAUCAACUGCUGCAUGACCAUUAACAUCUGGCUUUAAGAGAACUUCAAGAACAGCCACAGCUUCCACAGUGCAUUCUGAAGAGUCCUGCAGAUACCAUCAGCAACCGUUAGACAUGCAGAAUCUGGGUACUGCCAAACCAAACUACCCUCUUGGCAGCUCCUGUACUGACUCAGGCAAGUUGUAGCUGAUAAUGGUUCAAGAUGGUCUUCAAGAGGUAUGUCUACAGAAUGACAAUGUUCAAGUAGACAACCAGCUUUUACAAAGAAGUAUACAUUGGCCAAUUUCAUCU